AUGAAAUCUCCUGUGCAAGGACAAGGAGUAUCCCUGGUCAUGGCGGCAGCAACCAUCAAAUUUCUCUACCGUCUUGCUCUGACACUCUCCAUGCUCCUUACCUCCGCCGCCGGCAUUGUGUCUGACACGACGCUCGUCAACAAUGUCUCCAACAUCACCGAUGGCGAGACGGUGGUCUCUGUGGGUGGCUCAUUCACGCUGGGGUUCUUCGCCCCGACCGGGGCCCCAACCAAGAGAUACCUCGGAAUCUGGUUCACCGCGUCCCCGGAGGCUGUCUGCUGGGUGGCCAACCGUGAUAGGCCACUCAACGACACCUCCGGCGUACUGGUGAUCGGCAGCGCUCGGGGCCUUCUCCUUCUCGACGGCUCUGGCCAGACCGCGUGGUCUUCCAACACGACGGCCGCCACUGCGGUGACCCAGUUUCUUGAGUCAGGCAACCUGGUCGUGCGCGAGCAGAGCAGCGGCAGCAUCCUCUGGCAAUCGUUCGAUCAUCCGUCGAACACCUUGCUCGCCGGCAUGAGGCUCGGCAAGAACCCACAGACCGGAGACGAGUGGCCUCUCACGUCGUGGCGUGCGCCAAACGAUCCGAGUCCAGGGGACUAUCGCCUGGUACUGGACACCAAGGGCCUGCCGGCGAUCGUCUCGUGGCAAGGCAAAGUCAAGACGUACACCACGGGCCCGUGGAUCGGCCCGAGGUUCAGCGGCAUCCCGGAGAUAGCGUCCUACUCCGGGAUGUUCUCCGUCCAGGUUGUUGUCCGCCCCGACGAGGUGGCCUACAUGGUCACCGCCAUGCCCGGCGCGCCCUUCUCCCGCCUCGUAGUGAACGACGACGGGACGGUGGAGCGUCUGGCGUGGGAGCCGGUCAGCCGGGUCUGGAACGUCUGGUUGCAGUCGCCACGGGACCUCUGCGACAGCUACGCCAAGUGCGGCGCGUUCGGCCUGUGCAACUCGGCCACCGCGUCCACGCAGUUCUGCAGCUGCAUAGACGGGUUCAGCCCGGCAUCGCCGUCACAGUGGUCCAUGAGGGAGACCUCCGGUGGUUGCCGUCGGCACACGCCGCUGGAGUGCAUCAACGGGACGACGACGGAUGGGUUCAUGGUGUUGGGAGGAGUGAAACUCCCCGACACCGACAACACGACGGUGGACAUGAGCGCGACGCUGGAGCAGUGCAGGGCGAGGUGCCUCGCCAACUGCUCGUGCGUAGCGUACGCCGCCGCCGACAUCCGAGGCAGAGACGGUGGCAGUGGCUGCGUCAUGUGGACGGAUGGCAUCGUGGACGUUCGUUACGUGGACAAAGGGCAGGAUCUCUAUGUGAGGCUGUCAAAGUCUGAAUUUGCUACAGGGAAGAGGAGGGAUGUGGCAAGAAUCGUGGUUCCAGUUACGGUAUCUCUGCUUGCACUCACGUCUGCGGCUAUGUACCUUGUUUGGAUAUGCAGGCAUAGAGGCCAACGUCGAAACAAUGAUGUCCAGACGAACGCGAUGAUAGGUUCCUUAAGUGCGCCAAAUGACCUUGGUGAUGAUGAUUUUGAUCUUCCAUUUGUUAGCUUUGGAGAUAUUGUUUCUGCAACUAACAAUUUUUCUGAAAACAAUAUGCUCGGACAAGGAGGUUUCGGGAAGGUUUAUAAGGGCAUGCUGGACGAUAACAAAGAAGUUGCAAUCAAGAGGCUUGGUAAGGGUUCUAGACAAGGAGCAGAGGAAUUCAGAAAUGAAGUUCUUCUAAUAGCCAAAUUGCAGCACAGAAACCUUGUAAGACUUCUUGGUUACUGCAUCCAUGGAGACGAGAAGCUGCUGGUUUACGAGUAUUUACCAAACAAAAGCUUGGAUUCCUUCAUUUUUGGUAUGUUUAGACUAAAUUGCAUUUAG